GAUAAAAUUAGGUAUUUACAAGGGAUGGCAGUAGAUCUCAAAUAUCUUCAUAAAUUAGGAUAUUGUCAUCAAGAUUUACACAGUGGCAAUAUACUACAAAUUUUUGACCAAUCUUAUAUUUCAGACUUUGGAUUGUCUAGACCAUCAGAUAAACAAAAAUUAAACAAUAAACUAUGCGGAGUAUUACCAUAUAUUGCCCCAGAAGUUUUAAAUGGAAGUACAUAUACAUCAGCAUCCGAUAUUUAUAGUUUUGGAGUAAUUAUGACAGAAUUAUCAUCUGGAAAACCACCAUUCUAUGACAAAAAACAUGAUUUAAGUCUGUUAUUGGCUAUA